UAUAUAUAGGGUUCUUGAAAAGAAAUUAGGCAUUAAUCUUCAGACAGCAAAGUAGAUUAUUCAUGAUGAUUAAGGCUGUAGUUUUCGCUUGCUUUGUUGCUUUCGUGUGUGCUCAGCACACUGGCGGAGGAAAUCAUCACCCACCUCAUCAUCCCCAUCCGGACAACAAACAAUGCACUCACGAUGCUGACUGUAGCGGAUGUGUAACCAACACAACCGGAUAUUGUAACUUACAAGAUAACUUAUGUUACUGUAGACCAGUUACUGCCAAACGUGCCGCUUGUCAUAACGGACACCAGUGCGCAUGUCCCGAUGGACAAAAUGGUGUAUGUAAUGCACAGGGACACUGUGAAUGCGGAGACCAUCCAGUAGGAAAACGAGCCGAUUGUCAUAACGGACACCAGUGCUCCUGUCCCGAUGGACAAAAUGGCGUCUGCAAUUCCCAUGGACACUGUGACUGCGGGGACCAUACUGUCGGAAAGAGAGCUGUCCAUGUUGGUUCUCACUGUGGUCAGAAGUCUGAUUGCGCAGGUCUAGACUGUGCUGGUAAAGAUUAUGAUUGUAUAAACAUGAAAUGCGCAUGUCAUGAGAAUGGCCAUGCCGGUGGUCGUUAAUCAGUGCUGUGUCAUCACAUUAAGACUGUUGAAUAAAGAUUGUGUAAAACAUG